AAAGUCCAAAGGAGGUGGUGGCUGAUCUUGUACAAUUUUACCACUUCAGCAAUUUUCUUAUCUUCUCCUUGAGACGGGCAAGAACAUCACAAAGCAACAAACAGCAGCAGAGAGAAAAAUAAAGUUAGAGAGCAAAAAUGGCGGCUUCAAUCAGCGGACUUGGAGUUGGGUUAGGCUUAUCUUGUUCUACUAAGCUUUGUAAAGCACUUCCGUCCUCACGAUCCUCUGGUUUCCGUGUUAAAAUGACUGUAUCUGUUGAAGACAAGAAGAAGAGUUAUACCCUCCAAAAAUCUGAAGAAGCUUUCAAUGCUGCCAAGAAUUUGAUGCCUGGAGGUGUAAAUUCUCCUGUCCGUGCCUUUAAAUCUGUUGGCGGGCAGCCUAUUGUGAUUGAUUCUGUUAAGGGUUCUCACAUGUGGGACAUAGACGGGAACGAGUAUAUUGACUAUGUUGGCUCCUGGGGCCCAGCAAUAAUUGGUCAUGCAGAUGAUGAGGUGCUUGCGGCCCUGGCUGAAACUAUGAAGAAAGGAACCAGCUUUGGCGCUCCUUGUCUUCUUGAGAAUGUUUUGGCAGAGAUGGUAAUCUCAGCUGUUCCUAGCAUUGAAAUGGUUCGAUUUGUAAACUCUGGUACAGAAGCAUGCAUGGGUGUGCUCCGCCUUGCCCGUGCCUUUACUGGCCGAGAAAAGAUCAUCAAAUUUGAGGGUUGUUACCAUGGCCAUGCUGAUCCCUUUCUUGUUAAGGCAGGUAGUGGAGUUGCUACUCUAGGGUUGCCUGACUCUCCUGGUGUUCCCAGAGGAGCCACUUUUGAAACUCUAACUGCCCCUUUCAAUGACAUAUCAGCUGUAGAAAAUCUCUUUAACAGUAACAAGGGAGAACUUGCAGCAAUUAUUCUUGAACCUGUUGUUGGGAAUUCUGGCUUCAUUCCACCUAAGUCUGACUUCCUUGAAGCUAUACGUCGCGUAACCAAGGAAAAUGGUGCUCUCCUCAUCUUUGAUGAAGUGAUGACUGGAUUUCGCUUGUCUUAUGGCGGGGCUCAGGAAUAUUUUGGCAUAACUCCUGAUUUAACAACGCUAGGGAAGAUAAUUGGUGGUGGUCUGCCUGUUGGUGCAUAUGGAGGAAGGAGGGAGAUUAUGGAGAUGGUGGCACCAGCAGGGCCAAUGUACCAGGCUGGGACCUUGAGUGGGAACCCGUUGGCAAUGACAGCUGGGAUACAGACCCUUAAGCGGUUGAAGGAGCCAGGAACAUACGAAUACUUAGAUAAAAUCACAGGAGAACUUGUUCAAGGCAUUCUAGAUGCUGGAAAGAAGACAGGACAUGCAAUUUGUGGAGGGUAUAUUAGUGGGAUGUUUGGAUUUUUCUUCACAGAAGGGCCUGUUAACAACUUUGAUGAAGCAAAGAAGAGUGAUACAGCAAAAUUUGCCAGGUUUUACCGGGGUAUGCUGGAGGAAGGUGUAUAUUUUGCACCUUCACAGUUUGAAGCUGGAUUUACAAGCUUGGCACAUUCUUCUGAAGACAUCCAAAAGACAAUUGCAGCAGCUGAGAAAGUUCUUAGCAAAAUUUAAGGUGUCCAUAGCAGUAGCUUUGAUUACCAGUGUUGUGAUCCUGUUCUCCGUCCUACCCUUUUGUUCUCCCUUUUUUCGUGCAUAAUUGACCAUUUUGGUAGCGAAUUAAUGGUUCUUUUAUUAUCAGUUUUUUUAGACAGAUUUUUAGUCAUUUAUUGUCGCUCACAAUCUGUAUUUGUUACCAAUAAAGCUUUUGUAUCUUGGCAAUAUAUGAGAUAAUUAUCGGCUUUUAAAGCU